AUGUCGUGGCCUUGUCAAUUGCAGGCCCGGGGGAGAGCGGCUCUUGCGCUUCAGCAAGCAUCGCUCUUCACAGGGCUGCAGUCAUUGUCGGAGUCUUCCUUCACCUCGUCCCCUCAAAAGGUGUUUACCAGCCGGAAGCAUCAGGUUGGCAGCAUAACGUUUAGGGAGAAGCGGCAGCAGAUGCGCAUUGCCUCCAAGCUGGCCCUGCCAGGACCAUCGGAGGGUCCGAGCCACGGGAGGGGCUCCGUGAGGACAAAGUUUGCGACAGAUCUGGUCGCCAGCACGAGCGCGUGGGACGAUGAGCUCAGCGCAAGGUCGUACAACAAUGCCCCUGCAAUGAGACGGCCACACAUUGCAGAGGCAGCGGUGGGGAUGGUUGUGUGUUCAGCUAGGGGCUGCAGACCAAUCUUUGCAUCAGCUGAAUCAGUAUUUGCAGAGAGGGAGGUUACGGAAGGGGGGGGCGUCUGUGUCGAGCAAAGGAUAGGGGCGGAGGCAAAGAAGAAGCCGGUCUACCCGGAUGGGUUUGUCGAGUAUUUGAAGGAGGUGUGGAUGGAGAAGGACGUGGCGCAGCGGUUGUAUGAGAAGGAGCUUAGACAAGACCCCCGGAGCGCCAAGAUUCUGGCCAGCUAUGCGGCGUUCGCAUACAAGGAGCAGAACGACGUCACAUUGGCAGAUAGGCUAUACCGGCAGGCGCUCCAGGAGGCUCCUGAGGAUGCGGAUCUGCUCAGUAGCUACGCGUUGUUCCUGUGGCAGACAGAGGCUUGAUUGGUAGCCUGACUGCGUGUUGUUGGCAGGUGAAAUGUGUUUACGUUCACCUGUUUGAUUAGAUUGACUGUGUAUAGAUCCUGAACAUGGUGUUGCACAAGAGUUGCAGGUGGAGAGUUGCGUAAGAGGUUGGUCAAGUCAAGUCCAAACAUUCGCUAGAGUCCAGGUGGUCCGCUUUAACAACACACACUGACAGAGAUCAGGCCGCAAGGCCAUCAUAAUAAUGCCGUAAGGCAGCUGAUUCAGUGUCAAAACACGCGUCGUCAUUUCAG